AUGGCCCGUGGAGCACGUAAAAGCCACGCUGUGAGUGCGUUAGUACGCGCUGAAGACGCUGCUGAGGAUGAAAUCCUUGAGACACCAGUGCUUAGUUCAUCUGUUGUUACUGUCAGUAAUGUAGAGAGUGACAUCGAGGAAGACCCGGAGGCUGCAGCGGAAGCAGAGAUUGAACGUCGUCUAGUAGCUCAGGCGCAGAAUAAAGCCGAAGACAAGACACAGGACGAGAGGAAGGGCGUCUAUAACUCCGAAGCAUUAUUGUCUCUUGUCAAGGACUGGAAUACUAAACAAUUGCCAUGGAUUGAGACGCUCGAGACGUGUGUCAUUCCAUUGGAGCUAGACAAUGUUCAUGAUGAUCUAAAGCGAGAAGUAGCUUUUUAUACCAAUACAUUGGCUAUGGUACGUCUAGCAAAGGAACAAUUGAAGAAGAAUCAGGUGGUCUAUAAACGACCUGAUGAUUAUUUUGCAGAAAUGCUGAAAAGUGAUGCACAUAUGGCCAAAGUCAAGGAUAAACUCAUUUAUGAACAAAAAAAGAUUACAGCAGUAGAAGAACGUAAAAAGUCACAAGCUCAUCGUAAGGUUGCAAAAGAGAUUCAAGCCGAGAAGAUCAAGGAACGUAAUCAUCAGAAAAAAGAGACACUUGAGGCAGUGAAACAAUGGAAAAAACGAAAAGGAAAUAAUGACAAACGACGUGGUCUCGAGGAGAAUCAAGAUGAAGAACUUGACUUGAUUGUGAAUGGAAAGCGAAAACAUGCGGGUGGAGAGCGUGAUGGUGGUAUGAAGAAACCACGCAUGAACACGGCUCGGGUAGCCAAAGAUGCUAAAUUUGGCUUUGGUGGUAAGCGACGCCACGCAAAAAGCAAUUCGAAGGAAAGCACGAAUGAUAUGUCGGGCUUUCCAGGAGCGCGGAAGAAGAGCAAGGUAAAGAGUCCGGCUGCAUCGAAAGGUGGUAGACGUGCUGGUAAGGCUCAGCGUACCAAUCAACGCAACAAGAAUCGACGGUGA